AAUACUGCAUAGGAAAGGGGUUGCAGCAGAGAGAGAGAGAGAGAGAGAGAGAGAGAGAUAAGGGCUCAUAGUCACGAAGGGGAAGAAAAAGCGUCAACUCAGUCUUUGAUUCUGAGUCUUUGGCAACGUCACUUUCACUCGUUUCGAUUUCUAGCUCAGUGGAAGACAACUCAUUUUUAUGGCUAUUUCCCUGAAGUCAAAUUGCUUCUUGCUAUUGAAGAAACCCGAGGCCAGUUUCCAGGCUGGUUUUUGCCCCAAGAGAACCACAGUCUCUGUUAAAAGAUACACUCCAGUGGCUGCUAUCAAGACCAUGGAAGCUGUGGGGCUAUCUGAAACAUUUACCAAAUUGAAAGAAAAGGGAAAAUAUAUUUGUUUGAAGGUGGCUUUCAUCCCAUACAUAACAGCUGGUGAUCCUGACCUUUCAACCACUGCAGAAGCGCUGAAAGUGCUUGAUUCAUGUGGGUCUGACAUAAUUGAGCUUGGUGUUCCAUACUCUGAUCCCUUGGCUGAUGGUCCUGUUAUCCAGGCUGCUGCAACAAGAUCUCUAGCAAAGGGGACCAAUUUUAAUGCAAUUAUUUCUAUGUUGAAGGAGGUUGUUCCACAAUUGUCAUGUCCACUUGCUCUAUUUACAUAUUACAAUCCAAUACUGAAGCGUGGUACUGAGAAAUUUAUGUCCACCAUAAGAGACACUGGUGUACAUGGACUUGUAGUCCCAGAUGUCCCUCUGGAGGAGACGGAGAAUUUGAGGACAGAAGCUAAGAAGAAUGGAAUUGAACUGGUGCUCCUCACAACACCCACUACACCAACAAACCGAAUGAAAGCCAUUGUUGAUGCUGCAGAAGGAUUUGUGUAUCUUGUGAGCUCGGUGGGUGUCACUGGAGCCCGAGCAUCAGUUAGUAAUAAUGUUCAGGGUCUGUUGCAGGAAAUAAAACAGGCAACAACUAAACCUGUGGCAGUUGGUUUCGGAAUAUCAAAACCCGAGCAUGUGAAACAGGUGGCAGGAUGGGGAGCUGAUGGUGUGAUUGUUGGCAGUGCUAUGGUGAAGUUACUUGGUGAGGCCAAAUCUCCUCAAGAGGGACUGAGAGAGCUGGAAAAUUUCACCCGCUCCCUGAAAGAGGCACUACCUUGAAAAUAAUCUUUAAGAGCUUGAACUUCUAGUAUUUGUCUCUUCAUAGACAUUGGACUGAAUAAGGACAUAUGUUGUCUAAUUAUUAUUGAUUUUGCAUGUCCGUGAUAGUGUUAUUAUCAAGACUCUGUUCCUUUUCCCUUUUCAAUUGUGAUUGGAUCUUAGUUAUGAAAAGUAAAUGUCCCAUAUUGAGUUGUGCCAACUGGA